UCAGGAGAAUCGAGAUGUCAAUGAGUCAGAGUCAUCAGUCAGAGGAGUGAAGUGAUGAGUAAAACCGAUCAACAUGACGGAAGGACGACAGUGUCAAUGUCAAUGUCAAGUAAAUAUUAUCAACAAUGAUUACAAUGAAAUUAUUGGUUUUUUUAAUAAUUAAAAAGUAAUAGGAAGUAAAUUUAUAACGUGUGGUUUACAUAUAUUUAUAUAAAAAUAACAGACAGGUAUUCCAUACAAUAAAGUAAUGGUGAAUUAUUAAACACAAAUAAGAGAUCUCUUAUUCUAGAACAAAAUGCUAAUGAAAUUGGAGUUUAUUAAAAAUAAACAGUUGAGAAGGUUGACAGAACACAGCUUUUAUAUUGCCAUUACAUUAAUACUUAUACCAGCAUUUCUUUACUUCGAACUAUGCAUUGUAUUACCAGCAAUAGUGGAGCAGUGGAGCUUUGAGUUCUAUUGUCAUAUAGCCUGUGCAGCGUUUUUGUUACUUAAUAUCAUGGGCAAUAUGAUUUAUGGGAUGUUUACAAAUACUACAAUAAAAGGCAAAAACCUUGAAGGAUUCAAUAAGGAAGACUGGACUUUUUGUAGUGUGUGUGAAUGUUUGAGACCACCGCGAUCUUGGCACUGUGACACGUGUGAUAUCUGUACUUUAAAGAGGGACCACCACUGCACAUUUUUCGCAUGUUGCGUUGGCUAUUUUAAUCAUAGGUAUUUUAUGCUGUUCACUUUUUACAUCUUUGUAGCUAUGUUAUACUCUUUAUUUUACAAUAUAAAAUUUGUAUCUCAAUUCAUAACUUGGAACCAUGGACUGAUAUUGGUCAAAUUUAUCUGUCCACUAGCUAGCAUUGUGAUUGACUUUGGAGAUGAAAGUCUUUAUGUUUUCUUGGUAGUCAUAAAUGUGUUAGUUGGCCUUUUUACUGGAUUUUUAUUUAUAUACCAUUUCAAUAACUUACUUAAAGGAAGAUUGGUUCAUGAAAGUAAGACUUAUACCAAAGAUUUUAUCCAUAAUAGGGGAUGGAAGCUAAAUUUGACAGAAGUUUUUGGGGAGAGAUGGUAUCUGACUUGGAUUUCUCCCUUCAUCCAUAGCAAAUUACCAGGUAAUGGUAUUGAAUGGAAUGUAGAAGAUAAGUACAAAUUGUAUUAAUGAGCUUU